AUGGAGGGAUGGUUCAGCCCCACUAUAGACAGAGUCCUGGGGAUCUGCAUGAUUCUCAUUACUAUCGUGUCUAUCUUUGGGAACGCCCUUGCUCUCAAGAUCUUCAUUGGGCUGCCUAAAACUAGAGCAAACAUCCUCUUCACCAAUAUCGCAUUGUCAGACUUCCUUACAGGAUUAACAUCAUCUUCCUACGUUACCUUCGUACUUUUCAAUAGCAGCGUGAUAAGAUGUGCAUUCAUGUGCUAUCCGCUGAGGAUCAAACGAUAUGUGACUGUUCCCAUGACCAUGACCCUCACUGCAAGUGUAUGGGUUGUGGCACUGCUGAUGUCUUCGAUUCCUUACAUGUUUAAAGACACGUACAAGUACCAACCCUUGGCCCUGCUCUACGUGUAUAGCCUGGAGUUUCUGGAUGUCGGCACUCCAAACUAUAUCCUGGGAUACUUCUUCCUUCUAAUCCUGCCCUUUGUACUCCCUGGUCUUGGAAUUGUGAUCAGCAGCCUAGUGUGUAUCCCCAAAGUGUACCGAAGUUACCUAGCCGCAAGACAGUUGACAAACAAGACUAAAUCAGGUGGCCGACUCCCGCCAGACCUGGUCUCUCUAACCACCACUGUGCUGCUAAUAGUGGGGGCUUUUCUUUUCUGUUACACUCCUCUCUGGACUCUGAUGAGUUGCCAGUUUCUGGUUCAGACCAACAUGCACAUACCCCCUUACCUGCUAACCAUCGGUUACACGGUCAUGACAUGCCUAAACAGCGCCAUCAACCCUUUCAUAUUCUACUUCAGAGGUUCUGAGUUCAAACGCCAGCUUGCUCUUAAGAUCAGGAUGAUCAGAGGUAAAAAGAUGAUAAAAGGAGCUAUAAAAGCACCCUUCAACCACACGAAGGCAGGCGCGGAAGAAAAGUAA